AUGCCAUUUAAAAAAUUCCUGACUGAAGGUAUAGACGAUGAAGCAUCAAAAGACUCCCAGAGAGUGAUGACGUUUAAGGCGAUCCUGCGGCAAGGACAUUGUCCUAAGAGUGAUUGUGCCUCGGGCGAUUUCUCUGCCACAAGAGAGAAACCAGUGCAGGCGCAAUCACAUGGCAGUUGCAAACAAGCAUUCUACUUUCAUAUCCGUAAGAAGCGUAUCGUUGAUUUAACACGGAAGCGAAGUAGACCAGCGACGAUCGAAACCUUUCGUUUUGUUGUCAGUGUUCAAAGAAAUGGCGAAAACAUAUGUGGAGCUAGCAUAUUAUCGCCUACUGUUGUCAUAACUGCAGCUCACUGCCUUAAGAACCUUGCUAUGUACUGGAUUUUAUCUGGUUCCUCAUACAAUGAUCGUGGAAUACCUCACAAUAUAAUAAGGACAAUAUUCUACCCAGGAUAUAGCCUGGAAGAUCUUUCGCAUGAUUUGGUUUUGCUUAUAAUUUCUCCAGCUAUCGACUUGGAGCACUCACCUAAUCGAAAUAUAAUUCUGUAUAAUAGAGAUGUAAUACCAGCAGGUACUCCUGGUACUGUUAUUGGUUGGGGAUCGACCAGUCUAAAACGAUAUAGAUAUUUACCACGGGACUUUUUUUUGUUACAAUCUGAUUUCAAUGAGAAGGUAUUGGGAUCUGAACUCUUGAGGGCACCUCUAGCAGCAAAAGCAAUAUUACCGGUGACAUUAGGUAGACGUCUCAUAAGACUUAUGUAA